AACUGUAUUGAUCGAACAUAUAGAAUCCUAGCAUAGCAUAUUGAAUUUAGUGAUAUAUUCCUUUAUGCCUGCUUCUUUCAUGGGAGCAUUAUUUUUUUCAUUUAAUUCUACUUAUUUUCUGGUUUUUCUUCCUUUCUUCCUUCCUUUCUUUCCUUCUUUCUUAUUCAGCUGAACGGUUUUAGCUUCCAGCAUUUUUAUCCUUUCAUUAAUGCGAUAAGGCUUUGAACUUGAAAGACAUGAUUCUACUCCUAUAAUCUGGGUUUCAAUCUUCGUGGUUCCUUGGCACAGUUCGAAAAGCUUGUGAUUUUUGGAUGCUGUUUUUGGCAUCGUUUAAUUAAGAAAGUGGGAUCUGAGUUUUUUUUCUCUUAUGGGGUUAAGUUCUUGUUUACGCAUUUGUAUCAGGAAAAUUGUUAUUACUACUAUUAUUAUUUUCCUUGUGCUUGAUGCUUUUCUUCUUUCCCUAUUGUUCAUUUAGUAUAUUAACUUUCUGUUUAUGCCUGAUUUUGCUGUCAAUAAUUCAAUAUACACUUUGAUUUAAGCAAAGGAAUAAUUUAUUUUUAUUUGUGUUGUGGAGUAGGAUUUCUUCAAUAUUCCAUAGCUUCUACAACUUCAAUUCAAUAAUGGAACCUUGGAGUUAUGUUCCUGAUGAGAAAGGAUAUUUGUUUUCUGAUGAAAUGGAUUUUUCACUUGAUGCUUUUGUGAGAAGUAGAAAGGCAAUGACUGAAUGGGACAACAAAGCCUCUUGUAACUUCGAGAGAGGCGGUUUCAAUUUGGAAAGAGAGGUAGUUAGGAGCAUGGAAUUCGUAGACUUGGGGUUCCCGGAUUUGUUCCGAAAGCCCUUCGAGCUAGAUAGUAAUUUGAGUAGAAGAGGGAAUACCUCUGCUCAAGUUAUUGACUUGGAUUCUUCUCUUGGGGAAGAAGAAUCCGAGUCAAAGCAUUUGAGUUCUUUAGGUGAAUUGAAGGCUCAAGAUACGUCAUUGAUCGAUCUGAAGCUAGGGAGAAUAGCAGAUUGUCAAGCUGCAAGCAAUGAUAAAGUUGGAAAUGAAGGGUUCACUUUAAUACCAAUGCAACAACCAAGUCCGACCACACUGGCAAAGAGAGCUCGCACUUCAUGCUCGCUGAAUCAGACUCCUGUAUGUCAAGUUUAUGGUUGUAACAUGGAUCUUAGUUCCUCAAAAGAUUACCACAAAAGGCACAAGGUUUGUGAUGUUCAUUCCAAGACAGCUAAAGUUAUUGUUAACGGUAUUGAACAGAGAUUUUGUCAGCAAUGCAGCAGGUUCCAUUUGUUAGCUGAGUUUGAUGAUGGUAAGCGCAGCUGUCGCAGGCGUCUAGCAGGACACAAUGAACGGCGAAGGAAACCUCAGUUUGAUUAUAUGACUAGUAAACAGCAUAAGAUACUUCAUUCGCAUCAAGGUGCAAGAUAUAUGGAGUCUUCCUUACAGAAGAGGCCACAAUUUUCAUUUCCAGACAUAUUUCGAAGUGGCAAGUACGAUAAAAUCUCUCAGAAUGGCAAUGUCAAAUUAGAAGAGGAGUUUAUUUUCAGCCCUCAAUUCGCAGCACCGGUCGCGCAUGGUCAGGAGUUAUCUAGCCGUGCUCUCUCUCUUCUGUCAGCUCAGUCACAGAUUCCGUCGCGCCCCUCAGAAGAAAAUCCUUUAGCCAGCUCCUUUAGUUUUCACGGCAUCUCUGAAAUGCCUUUGGAUAUAAGCAAUGAGGGUAAAUACGUUGUGGACGAGUCCUUUCCGUGCGAGAUGAACCAUAAAGAAUUUAUCAAGAGUGAAUCGGCAAUGCUUUCUGAUGCCGGCCACCCUGAUCAUCGAGCCAGUAGUGAUGACAUUUGUUCGCCCUUGGAACAUGGAUCCACUGUGGACUUAUUCCAGUUAUCAUCCAAUCUUGAAAGGGUAGAGCAGAAGAGAAAUUCUGUUUUGGUAAAGUGGGAAAAUGAGGACUCUUGUUUCCCAGCAUUGUAAAAGGCUUCUUUUAACCCUCAAGUGUUAUUAACAUAAUCCAAUUUAUUGAGUGUUUUCA